CACUCAGACCGCGGUACAAGAUGGCGGCGCGCUGGUCGCGUCGUGCUUGCGUUCGUUACUAGGGGUGUUGGGCGCCUGAAGCAGCGGCAGCGGCGGCGGCGCGGAGCCUGUGACCGGGAUUUCCUCAAUUACUUGGGAAAAGUGGAAACACUCAGGGAUAUAGUGAAACCAAAGUUGGGAAUCAGUUUGCUUAGACAAAAGACCACUGCUUCUCUGCCCUUAUCAGUUGAUUCCAGGAAGAUGAUCAGCAUCUUACUAUAAUAACUUAGGAAUGCACAUGAUAUGAAUCUUAUCACUUAAAGAUAAGACACUCCAAAAAAGGAUGGCUUUGAAUAAAUCAAUGCAUGCAAGGAACAGGUACAAGGAUAAACCUCCAGAUUUUGCAUAUUUGGCUUCCAAAUAUCCAGAUUUUAAGCAGCAUGUCCAGAUAAAUCUGACUGGAAGAGUGAGUCUUAACUUCAAAGACCCUGAGGCUGUCCGAGCUUUGACUUGCACUCUCUUGAAGGAGGACUUUGGACUUUCCAUUGAUAUCCCACUGGAAAGGCUCAUUCCUACAGUUCCACUUCGACUCAACUAUAUCCACUGGGUAGAAGAUCUGAUUGGCCCUUGGGACCCAGCCAGCAGUGCUCUCCGCCGGGGGAUUGACAUCGGUACAGGAGCAUCAUGCAUCUAUCCUUUACUUGGAGCAACUCUCAAUGGCUGGUAUUUCCUUGCAACAGAAGUGGAUGAUAUGUGCUUUAAUUAUGCUAAGAAAAAUGUGGAACAGAAUAGUUUAUCUGAUCUCAUAAAAGUGGUUAAAGUACCACAGAAGACACUCCUAAUGGAUGCUCUUAAAGAGGAAUCUGAGAUCAUUUAUGAUUUUUGCAUGUGCAACCCUCCCUUUUUUGCCAACCAGUUGGAAGCCAAGGGAGUAAACUCUAGAAAUUCUCGUAGGCCUCCUCCAAGUUCUGUAAAUACUGGGGGUAUCACAGAAAUCAUGGCAGAAGGAGGUGAAUUAGAGUUUGUCAAAAGAAUUAUUCAUGACAGUUUGCAGCUGAAGAAAAGACUGAGAUGGUAUAGCUGCAUGCUUGGGAAGAAAUGCAGCCUGGCUCCCUUGAAGGAAGAGCUUCGGAUACAAGGGGUCCCAAAAGUCACCCACACGGAAUUCUGUCAGGGGCGCACCAUGAGGUGGGCCUUGGCUUGGAGCUUUUAUGAUGAUGUGACAGUGCCUUCACCUCCAUCUAAAAGAAGGAAACUAGAAAAGCCCAGGAAGCCCAUUACAUUUGUAGUAUUAGCAGCCACAAUGAAAGAGUUAUCCCUCAAAGCUUCUGCUGUGGGCUCGGAGACUGUGGAAGGCAUAGCAGUUAUUACAACAUGGCUUGAAAAAAUCCUCACUGAUCUGAAGGUCCAGCAUAAACGGGUACCCUGUGGAAAAGAGGAAGUUAGUCUAUUCUUAACAGCUGUAGAAAACUCUUGGGUUCAUUUAAGGAGAAAGAAAAGAGACAGAGUGAGGCAGUUGAGAGAAGUUCCUCGAGCCUCUGAAGACUUCAUUCAAGCUAUGGAAGAGGAGAAACCUCUGCCCAAAGAAAUUGAAAAUAACCCAGACUGGGCCAAGUGCUCUGAUGAGAUCUCCCCAUCCAGGCUUACCAUAUGUGGAGCUGAAACAGCUGUUCCUGAAAGUCACCACCCAGACAAUAGCCAAGAGCCAAUGGAGGAAGAAGGGACUGAGAAAAAAGGAAGGACAGAGGUUUUAGAAAGUGUCAGGGGUUCGCUCUUUACCGCAUUGGAAGUAGAUGCUCCUGAAGAAGUUGCCAGUACAGUGGCUGAAAGAGAGAAAAAUUCUCAAGGGGCUUCAGGACAUUAUCUGUUUAAGUGUUUAAUAAAUGUCAAGAAGGAGGCAAACGAGGAUACAGUGGUAGAGAUGCAUUGGGUUGAGGGCCAGAAUAGGGACUUAAUGAACCAGCUCUGCACGUAUUUACGCAACCAGAUUUUCAGGCUUGUUGCUAGUUAGCCACAAACAAAUUCCUGGCACAGCUGCUACAAUCAGAUGUAGGGCAGCUUGCCUUUUAGAAUUCUUUUUACUAAUUUAGGGGGGGAAACAAUAACACUGGCACAAGAUUUUUUUUUUUUUUUUUUUUUUAAGACAAUUCUAGUGAGUCCACUGGAAUGGUAAUUUUUGUUUGUUUAGAUGCAAGGAAUCGCUGUGAAGUGACACCAGAGGAAAUGUCCUGGAUGUUAGGAACAAUAAAAAAUUACCAGGAAGCUGGGACUGUGGACAGAUUUAAAUCUGGCUUACUUGGUGUCGGACUGGCUCUCCAAGCCAUCGGAUUAUUUGUGUAGCAUCUGAGAUUGAGGCAGCUUGAGAGAGAGAAGGUACUUUAGCCUUCAGGGAUAUAUGCUCAGUCCCUCAGGUCUUCUCUAGAGGCUAUUACUUUAGAAAGACAAGUGGUUUCAUUACAUCUACUCCAAAGACAGAUCAAUUUAGCAGACUCAAGGGUGUCUUCAUGAGUCAUCAAGACUGAACUUGCUCACUUGUGUUCUCUUCUGAUUGACCCUUCCAUCCAUCCCAUGUCUGGAAACCGGAUCCUGACCUUAGGGGUCUGAUGGUGAGUCAAGGCUAGGUGGAACACAGGAGCAAAGGGGUUCAAUUCAUCCUCAGAAACAUAUUCCUCAUUUUGGGUUUUCUUGAUUAGAAAUUGGCAGGAGGCAUGUACUUAAUGAGCAAAAGAAGAGAGGAUCUUGAUGCUCUGGCUCCAAAACCUAAGAGUAAAUCAGAAUUCUCCAUUUUAAGUCUGGACACCCUUUCUUCUAAAUUGUAUACAGUAUUAUUCUUUAGCAACAUUAAUUUCACACAAUUUUGGAAUCAUUCACAAAUAUCAACCAACUUUUAUUUGGUAUAUGUGUAUAUAUACAUACACACACACACACACACACACACACACACACACAGAAUAUUCAAAAAUGAAAAGGGUCGAUCCUGUUUCAUUUUUCACAGGGGAUUGCUUGUAAUUGAUUUGAAGUUGUCAGAAACUAAGAGUACACAUUUGUUGUCAAAGCAUUCUGUGAGUUUUGGUAUUGGUCUAAACCCAAAGAGUUCAUUUGUUGAUGGGUAAACUGAUGCUAAUUGAACAUUGUGAUCAAAAGAAUCAACUCAGCCUCACAUUUUUUUACUAGCAGUAGAACCCUAGUGUAACCACCUUCUCAAAACAAGUGUUCAAGGAAGAAUGCUUUCGGCUCAGUUAGGGUUGGGAAAGCUAGGGUUUUGUUUUUAAGUACCAUGUGCCAGUUAGCACCAGGUCUUCCCUUUUUCAAGAUCAGCUCUAAAUGCACUAGGCUGCAUUGUUCCAAUUCUGAGGUUUUAUCUAUCUAGAUAUAGAUUUAUAUUUACACACACACAUGUAUCAUCAUUCUCCCUCCCUCUAAGGAAAAGAGCACAAUCACUGAGCUUUUUAGAGUAAGGUCAAGGGAAUGCCAUUCUGAGCACACAUGGGGUGUCUAUGAGCUGCUUUUGCCCAACACUGUUGGUUAAUUGUUACAAGCAUGUACUUGUGACUUCAUAUCUUAGGAUGGACCUCAGAGGGCCCCCUCUUUAGUCGGCUGACUCCUCUCCUUCCCUAGUACCCUCCAUUGUACAAAUAAGAAAACAGUAUCAGAACCAUGCAGUGAUUUCAGAGCAGUACUAGGGCUAAACCCAUAUUUCCUGACUUUAGGAUAUAAUUCCUUGUGUUUACAGUACUCAUAUUAAAUGACAGCUGUUCAUAUUUAAAACAGAAAACAGUGUUUGCUAUUUUUGUUAUAGAAGAAAGGGAACAAGCAUUUAUAGAGUACCUACUAUGUGCCAAGAAACUUGGCUCAGUACUUUUUACAAUUAUUUCAUUUAACCCUCCCGAACCACUUUGUUGAAGUAGGUAAUUAUGUUCCCCAUUUUUCAGUUCAAGAGGCUAAGGCAGAGAAGUGACUUGACUAGGGUCACACAGCUAGUAAAUCUUUGAGUUGGAGUUGAACUUGAUUUUCCUGACUGCAGGCUCAGAUUCUAACUCCUGCACCGUCAACUCCCUCUGGAGGGUAGGAUAUUAGCAGGGAAAGGGAUUUUGUUUUUCACUUGAGGAGACUGAGGGCUAGAAAUAAACCACUACCCUAAUGUGUGGCAGAGCUUGUUCUGUGGCUCCUAAUCCAGGGGCCUGGUGUCAUUGUGGGUGGUUCCUAGACUGUUCCAGGUUCUGUGUAAAGAUGCCUCUAAACUUCUCCCUUUAACGGGCUUUUGAAAUGAAACCAGAAUUGCACUUCCAUUUAAAAUCAUGUGGAAGCAAGGUGCAGCUUCUUUGUAUUUGAACCCUUCUUGAUUUUAAUGCCUUCUUGGGAAAGAAUAGGCUACUUUUUGGCUGAGAAGUUGGUAGCAUUUCCCUGUUUACAGAACAUUGAAAUUUAUAAAACAACCAGUUAGAUUUUUUUAAAAUGUUUUUGCCUAAGCACAUAUUUUCCACUUGGGCCAGAGGGAGGUGUGAGGAUGAAUAUGUCUUCUUUUAAGAAGAAAAUCUUUUAGAUUUUUGUUCCAGAGCAAAUGAUUUGUUAGGCUUAUAAGAUCAGCACAAGGCUGAAUAUUAAGUCUGAAUGUACAGGCCUUUCUGAAGAAAGGUCUGUGUGUGUGGUGGCACUCUUUAGCAAGCUUGCCUAGAUAUGGCCUGGUGCUGGUUCCCCUUUGUUUGGUAAUUGUCCGGGAGAGGGAAGGUGAGCUUGCUUUUGACCAUAGCUGCCUUUGUUUCCUACAGACAUAUGUGCUUUCAGAACUUCCUCCCCCUUUUCCUUGCCUCACCAGCCUUGUAUAUGGAACUGUUUCCUACUUUGUUCUUGAAAUUUGUCUCACAUCCUUGCCAAUUUCUCUGUCCGUGGCAUUGUUUGUUGUUCUUGUCUGACUCAACCCCGCUAUCUUGCCCUUUUUAAUUUUGACAUAUGUGUUUGAUCACAGGUACCUCUUGCCCCUUAGGUGCAUUCAUCGAAUGAAUAGAAUUGAGUUUGAAAAAUCUUCUGAUUAACAUUGAUGUUGAAGCUGACUUGAAUGUAAAUUGUUCAGGAACAAAUGGAUUUGAUCUCCCUUCUAUUCUAAUCCCCCAGGUGACUUCCCUUAGUAUAGUUACUCUUCUGGGAUACAGCCAAAAUUGUACAAUUGCUCCAGGCUUAUUUCUGAUUGAGAAGGUGUUGGUAGGCUCCAUGAUCCUUUCCUUGCAGGCUACUGAGUCAUUAUUCUCUCUGACAUGGGUUUUGCCUGAUAAGGUGAUAAUGCUCUUGAAGAUCUUUGGAAUAGGUCUAAUAUACUCUAAGACUGUAGGCUGCUUUUGAAAGAGAGAAAAGUGCUGAUGUCACUUGGCUUCAUUGAACCUAGAUCUGUGAUCAGACCCCGGGCCGUUUCUGUUAGUGGUACUUUGAAAAAAUAGGCCAAGAAUGAAGAUGCUGUUAACGUGGCAUCCUUGACUCACUUUCUUAGAACGCUUUCUGGCUUCAGUUCAUAUUUAAUGUUAAGUGAAGUUGGUUCCAUAACUAAAAACCCAGUCUCGAAUACUGUUGGGAGUGUAAUAACCUCAUUUAAUAGCAAUUACAAGGGCGGUAUUCAGUACUGUGAUGCACCAGCUUUGAGAGCACAUAGUUUGUAAGUUAGUGGGUCAGAAACCCUUCCAAAGAUCUGUGUCGCAGCACCAGUGUGGGGCAGAUCCCGCAAGCCCGUGAGGACUUAGGUUUUAGUCUGGCAUAACCUGGUUUGAAAGUUGUACAGAGAUUUCCAUGUAGUAUAGGAGAAUGUCAGAUGAAAGAGCUAGCCACAGGGAGAUCACUUGGGCAGUGUUUAAGCAGCUGGAAACUAGGUGUGCCAACUUGCAUAGAUGUUUGGAAAGAUCUCCCUGCUGAAUCUGAAACCCAAGAUACCUGCUUUUGCGUUAUUGGCAUUAGAACUCUUUUAAAAUAUGUCUCUUUCCAUACUUGUACAAGCAGGCUGAAGCCCAACAUUCUUUAACUUCUGGGUCUUGGCUCCUCUUCUGGGGGCAUAUGUAACGAGACAUACGCUUUAGCCUUGGAAAUGACAUCUUGGGAUGUCAUGUUCCACAUUUGCCUCAUGGAAUGGGAGGAUUUCCCAGCAGGAUGUUAAGCUUGUCAAGAGCUUGUGUCUCUUGCCUUUAUGCGGCCGAGAGCAUUUUUGAUCCUUCACAUAGGGCUUGAGUCGAUGGUGAAAUAUAAAUGUGGGAAGCACAGAUGACAUGUUCCUGGUUAGGAUGCAAAUCUACUCUUAGUACCUAAUGCUUUAAUAGGGGCUUGCUUUUAAACACCAACUACUUCUGGCUUGUAAAAGACUGUUAUUUUGGGAAGCAGAAGCCAGCUGCUUGUGCAGACCAGGCUCCAGAGUUCCAGAGUGACUGCAUAGUACUUGUGUGGAAAUUAUUCAGCAUCUUAUUUAAGGACUUGCAUUGUACUUGACACAAAGCAGUAUAUGGCAUUCCCCCUCGUGGCCACAAGGGGGCAUUUGUGGCUUUUUUUUCUCCCAGAGUACUUGCCUCCUUAUGGGGAAGAAUGGUUUAGACCUUGGUGGUGUUUUUUCGUAAAGAACUUUAUAUUUUAAUGGCUUACAUAGUAAAAUUAGCUUUCCAUAUAAGUCAUUUCCUCAACUGUCAUCAAGAACUGUGAAGUUCUUGAUUUUUGCUAUUAAUAAGCCUUUAAAAAUUUUUUAAAAGUGGGGAAGGAGUCACCACACAGUGAAUGAAUACAUACUUUCAGAUCUGACUAGAAAUUUGAAGAUCUCCAAGAAAGAGAUGAUUUCAAACAUUCUCUGUUCAGGUAUUUUAAACCUGUUUGUUUUCCUUUUUCCUGUUUAGACCAGGACUGCCUAUUGCGUGGUGAGGGUGCCAUCAGCUUUUGUCCCUGAAGCUCCUCCUUUGGGAUGUGUAUUACAGUAAUGUGCCAGGUCAGGCCCUCAUGCUGGCACUGAGCUCAGCCUCUGCCUUGUGGCUUUAGCAGAAUGAAGGAACCAAGUAUUGGAGUUGUUGGGCAGUCUUCCAUCAGGGAAGACCUGCUGGCCUGGGAAGCUGCGGCCAUGUUUCAGUACCCUUCAAGGCAGUGGACCUUGGGAAAGAUGUGGCUGAAUCAGAAAAAGGCUGCUAGACCUCUAGGUAUUAACUGAAAAGUAAUUCCUUCCCUCUUAGCCUGCAGAUGACCAGUAGACAAGCUACUGUGGAAGCUCCAAGGCAGUGACCAUUUUCUCUUAGAGGACCUGCAUUUUUAGGAAACAUCUGAACAGGUAUGUCCGAAAGACAGGCGAGGACCCAAAGAGAGCAUGGGAGCUGCCUUGAGGUGUUUGAAGGGCUGUAAUGAAGGAUAUUUGACUUGCUAUGUUUUGCCCUCAGGGGCAGAACUGGGAGGAGGUGGAGGUGGAAGUUGAGUGGAAAUAAAAUUUCUCAUUGAGCCUUAAGCCUUUAAGCUAAGAGAAAGGGCCAAGAUGUUCCACAUCCUUGA